CCCACUUCAAUCAUUUACAGACAUUAUAUCUCGAUUGUAGACGGUUAUAUCAACGAAAAAUCACCUUAGUUUGUUACGAAUUAUGAUUUCAAGAGGUUUAGGUUCAUUUUCCUCUUUACUCCGAGGAGUGGCAUCUCGAGUUGCUGCAGCCCCAGCGCGAAGUCAUUACGCGACGAAUGCGAGGCCACGAACGUUUGGUCGUGUUUCUUGUCAUGUGGAAAAGCGAAUGAGCAGUUCGUCAUCAGAGAGUGGCAUACCCAUGAUGCAUCAUGUAUCAGCUUUUGACAGAUUGACUUUGAUUGCCACAAGAACCAUGAAACCACCAAUACCAGCUGAAGUAACUGCAGCCACUAUGGAAAGAGCAAAUAGUAGACGACGCAUUGGAGUGAAUGGAAUCAUGAUUAUUCUGACUCUUACAGCAUGUAUUUACAUCAUAAAAAGUUCUCAGAAGGGUAGAGAGGAGCAAACAUUGGUAUCAUUACAUGAAGUGAACGUGCAAAGAUAUGAGAAGCUCAGACAAGAAGAUGCAGAGGGAGCUGCUGCAAAGGCUAACAAUGGAAAAUAGAGGGAGUGUAACUUAGUACUUUUCUUUCCUAAAACUCAAACCUGACUAAGUUUUGAUAUAGUUUUGUCUGUCAUUAGUGUUGGUGUGCAUAAUAUGUCACCUCCUGUUUCAGUGGAUUGCAUGAUCUGUAGUGAAAAUUUAUUAAUGAUUUUGCAAUGUAGAGAUUUAAGUGCAUAUAAUUUUUUUCAAAUUGUUAUGCUAAUUAACAACUAUUCACUGAAGUGGAGGUGGCAAUUUACCAAGCUGUGAAGCGGUGAGGUAAAUAUUCACUUCUACCCAUCAGCACUGAGGUGAAUAGUUGAUUUAGUAUAUACUAAAUCAGUGAGCUAUUGUUGUACAAAAAGAUGAUUUUAACUCAUUUAUUCUUGCAAUGGUUACAAUAUUUUUGGGUGCAAAUCCUGUGCACACUGCUUGGAGGUGAAUAGCAAAGGAUAUUUAUAGUGUGAGUUACAAAUCAGAGCACACCUUCAGGGCUAUCCACUGUUUUAGUAUAUUCCAAAGAAGCCUAUCAGGUGAAGUGAUUGCUACUCACGUUUUUUACCUUGAAAAGGCAAUGGAGGUAAAGUUGAUAAAUGCAGCCAUUGGGGUGAAAUCACUUUAAUAGACUUGUUUCAUGCAGAAUAACUUUUGGGUACUUUCAGCAAAGCUCAAGAAUACAAAAUGCAAUUAAAUACUAUCUUAAUAAUACUUA